AUGUUUCCCAUCCGCUCCCAUCAUUGGAGAAUAUUUCCACUGGCGUUGUUGUUGAUUAUCAGUACCGGUACCUGUCAUGCCUGGACGAUUAAUCUCCCUGGAGGUGGUCGAGUUGCCUUUGAUGAUGGCGUCCUUCGCAUCGGCCAACCAUCUGCAUCCAAUAGCUUGCUGAUCAUUCCUCCCGCCGACACUUUUAUUUCAGAAGCGAUAGUACAACGAAUUGCCAUUCAAUCUGCUGGAGCCGAAAAGGGCUAUGGAGCCUUUUGUGUCUUGGAGGGUAUCCCCCAGGAUACCUUUUUGGGAUUCUAUCCUACAACUAGCAAAAUUUUUCGAGACUUGGAACAGCCACUGGAACAACCAAUAGUCGACAAUGGAGGAGAAUACCUGUUAUCGAUCGAUGGCGGUGUCACCUUUUUGGACGGCUACGAACGUGCCCAAGAUCGGACCGUCUUUUCUCCGGCUCAUUUGAACCAUGCUGACUCCAAUUCUGUGGGGUGCAAUUGUGUGCGCUUGAGCUCUAGUGAGCAACCGUCUCUUGUGGCCUUUUUCACGGCACGAGAUAUCGCUGUAGGAGAAGAGUUAUGUUUUGAUUAUGGUAGCAACUAUUGGAGGGGUAGAGAGGAUGAAAAGGUAUGA